UACAUCAACGUCAAACAACAAUACUGCAGUGUUCAGCGACACAGUACCAGCAGAUUUCAUAUCUACAUAUAAGCACGGCUCAUCACUUUGCCAUCCAACAAUGUGGGCAAUAUAGUAUAUAUCGAGGUGCCACAAAUAAAUGGAAGGUAUCCAUGCAGGGACGGUGACGAUGGCCUGCAGCUGGCUUGUUCUCACGGCCGCCAUGGCUGUGCUAGCCUCUUGGUUGAUCCGUUUGGUUUCACUAAAAUGGAACAGCAGCCACCCAUGCAAAGCUGAUGAAGGCAGCAGGCUGCCGCCAGGGUCGAGGGGCCUUCCUCUUCUCGGCGAGUCGCUCGAGUUCUUCACUUCGAGCACCUCUCUUGAGCUGCCCGUCUUCUUUAAGCGCCGUCUUAAUAGGUACGGUCCAGUUUUCAGGACGAACAUGGUCGGGCAAGACCUGAUCGUGUGUCUCGAUCCGGAGGUGAACAGCUUCGUGUUCCAGCAAGAGGAAAGGCUCUUCCAGUGCUGGUACCCUGAUUCGUUCAUGCGGAUCAUCGGCGCCGACAACAUCAUCACGACGCUCGGGUCGUCGCACAAGUACAUCAGGAAUCUGAUCCUUCGGUUGUUCGGCCCUGAAAACCUCAGGCGUGCGAUGCUCCAGGACGUGCACAGAACGGCUCAGGCCAGCCUGCUCUCCUGGCUCGAUCGACCGAGCAUCGAACUCAAGGAUGCAGUCUCAAGCAUGAUAUUCAGCGUCACAGCCAAGAAGUUAAUUAGCUAUGACUCCUUGGCCUCAGAUGGAAAGAUGUGGAAACAAUUUGAUGCUUUCAUUCGAGGUCUACUGGCAUUUCCAAUUGGCAUUCCUGGCACCGCAUUCUACAAAUGUAUGCAGGGGCGAAAGAAUAUCAUGAAGAUGCUGAAAGAAUUGAUUGAUGAGAGGAAGGAGGCAUCAGGGCGACGGGGAAGCAUUGACUUCAUUGAUGUGCUGCUCGAGGAGCUGAACGAGGAGAAGCCUUUAAUCAGUGAGAACGUUGCGCUGGAUUUGAUCUUCUUGCUGCUAUUUGCCAGCUUCGAGACCACGGCAUCCGCUAUAACCGCAGUGGUCAGAUUUCUAACGGAUAAUCCCGAGGCAUUGCAAGAAUUAGCAGAGGAGCAUGAUAACAUUCAGAAAAGAAGGGUCGACCUGAACUCUGAAAUCACAUGGGAGGAAUACAAAUCUAUGAAAUUUACAUCUCAUGUUAUACAUGAAGCUUUAAGGCUUGCUAACAUUGCUCCAGUGAUGUUUAGAAAAGCCACAGAGGAUGUUCAUAUAAAAGGUUUUUUUAUCCCAAAAGGAUCUAAAAUUAUGAUUUGUCCUUCCACGGUUCACCUAAACCCUAUGAUUUAUAAGGAUCCAAAUAUAUUCAAUCCUUGGAGAUGGAAGGUUUGUAAAAUUCAUAACGAUACUGCUGAACCAACCGGUGGUGCCUCCAAGGAUUUCAUGGCCUUUGGAGGGGGACUGCGCUUGUGUGUUGGUGCAGAUUUCGCUAAGCUGCAGACGGCGAUCUUCCUCCACUGCUUAGUCACCAAGUAUAGAUGGAAAGCGAUCAAGGGAGGAACAAUGGUGCUUGGUCCAGGACUACGAUUCCCUGAAGGUUUUCACAUCCAACUUUUCCCAAAACCUUGAAGUACCGGGGCCAGAUACUUCUAGCCCCUACACAAUAUAUGUAGCUCAGAAGCAACGUUUGAGAUCUAUAUUGUUGAUGAUUGGUACUUCGAUGUAAUUUCCAUUAAUUUUCUGCUGUUCCCAUUAGUUCACUGCUGAAUGAGCUAUGCUUAUUCUUCACUUUGCCAUAAAUGUUGUGUGAUGUCCAAAUAUCACAAAUAAAUGUAGAUAUGUUUGAGUCCUCUUAAGUAAAAAUAAUUUGCGAAUAGUAUGUUACUAUAGUUCAUUA